AGGAGGAGGAGGAGGCGGCGGCGGCGGAGGAGGAGGAGGAGGAGGAGGUUUUGGAGGCGGAGGACCAAUGGGACUGGGAGGCCUUUUCCAAGGAGGUGUCCCAAAACUACGCCCAGUCGGAGAUGGUUCUUCCGGAGGUUCAGUGGGCAGAUCUGCCCUGCGGCCCCCUGGGUCCCGGCCCGCGGCCCCUCGCCCCCCCACAGGUCGCUCCUCCUCUCCCUCCAUGGCCAACAAGCCCUCCCCUCCUGAGAACCAGCGCUCCCACCGCCCCUCGCUCCCAGACAUCUCUCGCCCCUCCUCAGCCGGCGGGAUGAAGCACAGCACCUCCGCCCCCCCUCCCCCUCCCCCCUUCAACAGAGGGGGAGCCCGCAACAACGCUCCACCUACACCCAAUCAGAAAUCACACGCUCCACCUUCCUCCUCCAACAACAAUCACAGCCGAGAGAAGCCCCUCCCUCCGACGCCCAGCAGAGGCCACACCUCUCCCAACGCUGUGAAGCCGCCUCCGUCUUCAAGCCGACCCCCGACAGGCGGUUCUUCUGCUCCUCCUCCUCCUCCUCCUCCUUACAGACCGAACACAUCGAGCGGCGUCUCCAACGGGCCGUCACACGUGGAUGGAGGCGGAGCUCCGGAGCUGCCGCAGAGGCACAACUCACUGCACAAAAAACACACCUCAGGAGAAAGAGAGAGAGGGGGAGGAGAAAGAGAAAGAGGAGGAGAAAGAGGAGGAGGACGCAGCCAAGCUCCUCCUCCUCCUCCCUCACCCUCUCCUUCCUCCCAGCCGGGCAGCAGACCUCCACCGCCCGGCAGAGAGCCGCCGGGACGCAGAUCAGGUACGACCAGCUGCACCGUCAACACACCGUCAGUAUUCAUGUCUCAAAG